AUGCGCAAGCCAGUGCAGUGCAGUGUGUGAAUUGCCUUUGGACGGUGGACUGUUUUUGUUUGAGAGAAACAAUACUCUUUGAAUUUACAUGUUAAUUUCAGCCAAAUCAUGGAUACCUCUGACACAGGCACAGAAUAUCUACCUGAUUGCUGGGAAGAUGAUGAACGAAUGGGAUAUCUGUUUUCCGGAUUUCGUGAGAAUCGUCAAGUGAACCCUCGAGAUUGGGACAACAAAAUGAAAUUCUGGUCAGAACUUGUCUUGAAAUAUGGACAAACUCAAAGAACUCUUUUGUUUUCGAUGGAAGAUUUGACACAGAGAUUCAAGAGGAAAGGAGUGGUUCCACAGUGCAUAGGUGCUGUGAUAAAAGAAAUGAAUAGGAAGGGUCAAAUGGUAAGAGAAGAAGAUUUAAAAGUAGGUACAACAUGGUUGUCGUGGGGAGUCGACACCUUUGUUCGAAGGCCAUGGAGAUGGACGUCAGCUGCUUUCUUCCAACAGACGAACGAGCCUCCUACAGGAAACUUUGUAUCAUCAGAGUUAUUAAAGGAGUUUGGAGAAGCCCUUCUCAAGAGACAUCACGAGGCUGUGCACUGUGAUAGUACUGACCAUGUAGUGGAAUACUCUGCUUUCAAGAAGAAGUGUUCAGACUUGUGUAAGGAUGACGCUUCCUUUGAUCUCAUCUUAAUACAUCUUCAGAAAAGGAAACAGGUUCUUAUAACAACAGAUGACAAUACAAAGAUAAUUAAAUUUGCUUCCAGAGGUCAGAAAGCUGUGACACCAGUGACAUCUGUAGAACUUGGAACUCUGAGGCUAAAACAUACCAUCAACUCAAUGCAAUUGACGAUAGAGAAACUCUCACGAGCUAUCGAGCAAGAAGACAAGGAGACUAGACAGUAUCUAAGAAAAGGAAAGAAGAAUUCAGCAAAGAGUGCUCUAAAAAGGAAGAAGAUGGCUCAGAAAAAGUUAUCAAGUACAGAAUCAAUGCUGGAUGCCUUACGACAGCUUCAGGAAAAAUUGGAGUCGGUUGAAUCUGACAAAAUGGUAUUGGAUGCAUACCGGUAUGGGGCAAAAGCGCUCAAGAAAACCUUUGAUGAUAAUGGCCUCACACCUGAAUCUGUGGAUGAUACAAUCUCCGAUGUCCAAGAGGUCAUGGAAAUGUGCAAUGAGAUAGACGACACCAUGGUGAGAGGGAACAAGUCUAUUGAUGAAACGGUUAGCUUCGGUGCUGAGAUAGACCAGGAUCUACUAGAACAGGAGCUAGAAUCCCUCAUCAGCGGGGACUUUGAUGUGUCAAUGGCCACCACUCCAUCCAAGUCUACAGAAGAGAGGAAAAGCAUGGCCAAAGAUACAAGUGGAACCAUGCUAGAUUUACCAGAUGUGCCUUUGGAAUCACCUACUGACCUUGAUUCCUCCUUCCAAAAGGACAGUAUACCAAAGAGUGAGAUGGCAUUGUGACAUAAGACACAAGUUACUGUACUGAUCAACAAAUUGUCACACUGUCUUCUAUAGGCACUGUGCAAGUAUUGCAUGAUGUAUGCCAAUAACUAAACUAUCAUCAUGUUCAGUUUUGGUUAAUUGCCACUUGGUCUACACCCACUGGCCCGUAUUCUGAAGUAGGGUAUAAUUUAGACCAUGGUCUAAAUCUGUGCUAAAAUUAUGGGAAGCCAAAUGUGUCAAAAUUUGUAUUAAGUUUGUAUUAUGUUUCUUAUGUGUACUGUACUCUUUCCUGAUUCAUCGAUGGUGAAGACAAACGUUUAUUUAUACUUCCUAGACAAUUAUGAAUGAUUUGAGAGCC